AUGAAUCCAGCGAUGCUGCCUCUUCAAAUGCAGCGAAACGCGAAGGACACGCAGGAUCUAUUUGCCGAUCUAGGCCUGGCUCUCGAAUUACUCGAUUUUGGUUGCUCAAUUUAUUGCUUUGUCAAUUUGCAACUGCGAAAGACCGACGAAAAGCUCAAGAGACAGUCUCAGAAGGGCGCCAAAGUCGUCCAGCAGUUGAGAAACAAGCGCCAGAGAAAGAAACACGUCGUCAGGGUGGACUCAGACGGCUCCGAAAUCGAAUCAGCGGGGGAAGAAAACGAAGAUGACGAAGAGGAAGAGCGCCUACAACUGGCUGAAGAGUACAAAAACGAGGGAAACGCGCACUUCAAAGCUGGCGAGUUCGAAAAGGCCAUCGAGUCUUAUACUAUGUCGCUCUCGUUGGACGUCUCGAACGCCAUUUUUGCUGCCAAUCGGGCGAUGGCUUACAUGAAAGUCAAGAAGUACCGAGAAGCAGAAGAAGACUGCACCAGAGCGCUCAAGCACGACGCUUCCUAUGAAAAGGCGCUAUUUAGACGAGCUCAAUGCCGCAACGAGCUGGGCAAGCUGGAAGGAGCAGUUCAAGACUUCAAAGCAGUGCUGAGAAUGAACCCGAAGAACGGAGAAGCCAAGAAAACGCUGGAAAAGAUCAACAACAGGCUGAAAACGAAAGUAGCUUGGACACUGGAGCGGCCGAAAAACGCCUCAAAGAUCAAAUUUGAAGCAGUCGAAAUCGCCGAGAAAAACUCGCCAAAACUAGCGGAAGAGCCAGAAGCUAAUGAAGAGGUCGCGGAAAAAAUUAAGGAAGAAAACGAGGAAGUUGAGAAACCAGAGGCGAAAAAAGAUGAGGAAACUAAUCGAAGCAAAUCUCAAGAAUCGACAAAAGAACCUGUUGAUCUACUCGAUGAAAAUGAAGCAGAAGAAACAGAGGAAGCAUUCAACUACCAAGCGCCGAAAAACUCGUUCGAACUCGAGCGAGACUGGAGAAGCAUCAAAACGUUCAAAAACAAAGCCAAGUACUUGAAAAUCGGCGAGUCUCAAAUGCUAGCUGCUUUCUUCGCCCCGCAGCUGCCGAAAUUUCUCGUCGAGAUUUGCACCACCUUGCUCCAUCUUGUCAAGAGUGGGUCCGGAAGAGAGCCGAUCUCCUUCGCGAUAGAUUUCCUCUCCGCCGUUGCCCGCGUGCCAAGAUUCAAUACUGCCCUCUUCUUCCUCCUCGACGCGGAAAAAGCCAUCAUCAAGGAACUCUUCGAUUUGCUCGAAACCGCGCCUGCAAACCUUCAAGCCGCCUUCCUCAACUAG